AAAAAUGACAUUCCGCAAGGCCUACUCCAUCAAAGACAAGCUGCAGGCAAUCGAGCGUGUCAAGGGUGGUGAGCGGCAAGCCAGCGUGUGCCGCGACUUCGGCGUACCGGGCGGCACGCUGCGCGGCUGGCUCAAGGACGAGCCCAAGCUGCGUUGGUUUCUGGACCAGCUUGGUGGAGAGGUGGGCACGCAGCGCAAGAAGAUGCGUCUAGCCAACGAGGAGGAGAUCGACCGCGCCGUGUACUCGUGGUUCCUCACCUUGCGCCAGCACGGUGUGCCGCUGUCCGGUCCGGUCAUCCAAGCGCAGGCCGAGGCCUUUGCUCGCCAGAUCUAUGGCCCCGAGUGUACCUUCAAGGCUAGCCAUGGGUGGUUCUGGCGCUGGCAGAAGCGCCACGGCAUCUCCAGUCAGCGCAUCUAUGGCGAGGCUGAGCCCCCGGUUGCAGGCCCUGCGCCUGUCAAAGAAGAGCCUGCGCAGACACCCGGCGCAGUUCUCCUACCUGACCGUGCGCUGACCAUUCUACCCCACUCCGAGGGCGGCUAUGAUGACGAACAGAUCUACAACGCAAACGUUACUGGUCUCUACUGGAGGUUACUUCCGGAGCAGGCCGCAACUCAGGGCGCUGGGAACUCCAGCGGGCCUAGUGGGUGCACCCAGCGCUGGCCCGGUGACCGAGUGACAGUGCUGUUGGCCGCCAACCUGACCGGCAGUCACAAAUUGAAGCCACUAGUUAUCGGGAGGCUACCAGACCCACCCAGCUUGCGUCACCACAACCAGGACAAGUUCCCUGCCUCUUACCGCUAUAGUCCAGAUGCCUGGCUCAGUCGCCCUCUUCUUCGGGGCUGGUUCUUUGAGGAAUUUGUCCCUGGCGUCAAACGCUUCCUGCGCCGAAGCUGUCUACAACAGAAGGCGGUGUUGCUGGUGGCCCAUCCACCUUGUCCAAGCUGGGGCGCUAGGAUGCCUGCCCUGGAGGAGAGUGAGGAGACUCCUAGGCAGUGCCAGCCUGAUCUCUUUGGGUCCCCAGAGGAGCUGCAGACACCUGAUGGUGCAGUUCGAGUGCUCUUCUUGUCCAAGGGCAACAGCCGAGCACACAUCCCUGCACCAUUGGAGCAUGGUGUGGUGGCAGCCUUCAAACAUUUGUACAAACGAGAGCUGCUGAGGCUUGCUGUGUCUUGUGCCAGUGGCUCCCCACUGGACUUCAUGAGAAGCUUCAUGCUCAAGGAUAUGCUAUACCUGGCUGGCCUCUCUUGGGACCUGGUGCAGGCAGGCAGCAUAGAGCGCUGCUGGCUGCUGGGUCUUCGGGCUGCCUUUGAGCCUGGGCAGCUGCCAGCCCACCAGGUAGAGGAGGCUGCUGAACACAGCAGGGUGCUCAGUGACCUCACACAUCUGGCAACUCUGGUUUACAAGCGCUUGGCACCUGAAGAGGUGGCAGAGUGGCUGCACCUGGAUGAUGAUGGAGGUCUCCCUGAGGGCUGCAGAGAGGAGGUGGUCCCUGCAACUCCUCCAUCCCCAGCCAGCCUGCCCUCUAGCAUGGGGGCUGGAGAGGAGGAGGAAGAGGCCACUGAGCAAGGAGCAAUGUUGGUACCUACUGCUGGGGAAGCUGUUUGGGGUCUAGAGACAGCUCUGAGGUGGCUGGAGAGCCAGGAUCCUAGAGAAGUGGCUCCACUGAGGCUAGUGCAGCUACGUUCCCUCAUUACCAUGGCACGGAGGCUUGGAGGCAUUGGGCCCUCACCAGCAGCUCCUCACGAUGGUGUGUGACUACUGUGGCCCACUGGCCUUUUUCCUGCUGCACUGGGAGAGAGGGGGCAUACACAGUCUGCCAUCUUCCACCUUUUCUCCAUGGUAUAGUCCUCUGUAGAGGUCCAGGGGUGCAAGCCCAACACCAAUGUGGAGUUCUGUUGGUAAAGGAUGUCCUGCCCCGUGAGCCACAACGCCUUGGGGAAAUGGCUCAAAGAAGCAAAUGCUCUUUGCUGAGUAGGCACACGUGGGCCCAUAAGCACAGCACCUACUGGGGAACAGUUGACUGUACCUCCAUUGCGGCCCCUAUGGGGUUUAUCCCUACCCCUACCCCCAUGUGCACUGGAUGAGGCUGCUGCUUCUGUUUCACCUGCCUCCCUGGUGCUACCUGGCCUCAUCUCAGUGGAAAAGCACUUGGUUUUGUUUUAAAAACAAACAAAAAUACAUUAAACCUGUUUUAAAAGAUGCUCUUCAUAGGGAACCAGGAGUGCUGGCAGAGUGAGAUGGUCUCUGGGCUCUCUUGCUCUUGCUCUGGUAACUGAAGGCCCUUGUGGUGCUGGAUCCAAGCCCAGUGUAGGCCCCAGUGCCUUAGCCUGGGGUGGUAUAUUCACAAGAGAGUGGGAAUUGGGGAAAUGGAAGCCUAGUGCUUGGUGAGGUUUUGGAUGCAGCGGAGUAUAGCAGAGUCUGUUCUACUUGGAUUUUUAGUCCUUAAAAAAAACUUCAUUCUGGAUAGAUCUCCUGUUCAUGAUGUUGGCUAGUGUGUGGAUUUGGAUCCAGGUGGCUUGACCAAUGGCAGGACAAACCACAAACCACUUUGUCUAGCUCUAGGGCUAUCUGAUCUACCUGAAAACAGGUCACAUAGCCUUUGCAACCAUCUGGGAACUCUGCAGUGCCUUAGAGUCAACUCCUCCCUCCAUGGGCUCUUCUGGCACCAACCUUCCCCCUAGACUCAUCUGCUUCCUGGUAUUUCCAGGGGUGUUGCUGAGGAACUAUUGCUGGAUGGCCCAGGUUGAAGGAGAAAAGACUCAAAGGAAUGUCCCAAUUCUGAGUCACUCUGUUUUCAGUCCAACUGGAUUCAGAUUGCUCCUGGGGAUCUAGAGCUGAGGCAUCUGUGUCUUAGGGAGGGUCAAUACUACCCUUGCAGAAGUAUUAUCCCGAGUCCUUGUCCUAGUACUCUCCCCUUAUCUCUACUUCUCUCCUCAUAGUCUGAGCCUUGAAAACACCAAGUGGGGAAGGGCAAAGAACACAAGAGCUUGGCAAUGGAUGGCGCCUUGGAUGAGGUACCCACAAGUGAUCUCCAUGUUAAGUCCAAGAAUACAGUUCUUGGAACCACAUGACACCUCAGUCAAAAAUCUGAGUAAAUAUUAAGAGCUGAAGGGAAACAUGGAACAGGAGAAUGGAGGCUCAGGUAGCAGACUCCAUCUGUACACGCUGGUGCUCAUCUGGUCAUCUAUGUACCUGGCUUCCUCAAGCCUAAAGACCUAGAGAACCCUUGGGCAAACAUGUCUGGUCGAGGGUCUCCAGCACUAGCAAUUUAGGUGGGGUUUUAGAAGUCUGAUGUAUUUAUACCAGCCUCCUCCAUAUCAGCCAGGUACUUAGGCUAGGAGCUGCCAUCAGGCAUUGAUAGACCUGCUUCCAAGUCUGGAGAGGCAGACCUGCCUAGGCCUUGGAUUUACAUCAAGCCUGGGUAGCCUCUAGUAGCCGCUCCAGCCUAGGCUACCUGUUGGAGAGGUUUCCAUAGGUUUCUGUCUUUGUCCUUUGUAUUGUGUUUCCUCCUUUGGCCUGUGCCCAGGUAGACUGGAGUUGACAGAGACUAGGGCUCAGGAGUGAGAGCUCUCACCAGCCUCUCUAGCUGUCCAAGCCCCUUUCACCUGGGGAUACAAGGUCCAGGAGGUUGCUAUGGCCCCAUAUUGCUGCUGCCCUAUAUAAACGGUCAAGUGUGGGCCGAGUGGAUCACAGAGAGUUCCUGUCAGGUUUGUGUCUGUAUACUAUCAUUAACUGGGCUAGGAAAACGUCCAUGAGAAGUUGCAAAGGUGUCAUCUCAGGCUAGGGAUGCUAGGGUGUUUGCUAGAAUGCCCAAGGCCCUGUGUUCAAACAACAGCAUGAUUUAAAACAAAUUAUUAUUUUUUUUUAGACUAGAAUAUGCUGGUGUUCUUUACAUGCUAUAGACAGAGGUUCUGGUGGCUGAGUCCUAGUUGUGGAAGAGGCUGCUUUGCUCAGGUGCCCAUAUGUCCCAGCAGUAGGUCCUAUAAUUCUGGGGCUUGCAGUACUGCAUAUCCUGUUACACAGGGGCCUCUGCCCCAGUGGCAGCUGGGUCAAGAUGUGCAGUCACCUCAUCUUUCUGUACUUAGUGUCUGAUGGGGUUCCCUAGGGGUUCACAGGCCCGUGAGGAGAGCCUUAUAUUUUCACUGUGUUGCUCCACUGCUCCCUGAGUUGUAUGAACUAGUAAGGAGAGUGAAAAUGCAGUUCCUUUCUUCAGUAGCAUUGCCACCUGCUAUGUACCAGGCAUCAUGCAGGAAUCCUGGAUCUCUUGCCCCAGAGGUUUGCCUGUUCCCCACAAAGUGUAGGAUCUUUUGGCCUGGGAAGUAUAGGCAACCUUUUCUGCUAAGUAGUCUUGCCCUGGAUUCAUAAACAGAUUGGAGAAGAUACCCAGCACAGAAAGAUGGGUGAGUGUGUGUCCUGUUGGAACCACCACCACCACCACCACUCUUGGGGGCUGGGAGCUUGCAGUGGUCACAGGUAGCCUUGUCCCCAAGGUCCAUGUACUUGGAAAAUGAAAGCAACAGAGCUAUAGGGGAAUCAAGAUGGUAUGAGAGGAGGGAGCACCUCCAGCUAGAAGGUUGGUCAUCUGAAGACUGAGCCCUUUACACUACCUCAUUAGGACUGCCAAUGGGACGCCAAGCUGGAACCUGGUACAGUCUAGCCUCUUCUAAUGUGCCUACAAGAGCAUCUUGACCGCAUCAGCUGUCCUCAAUAGGAUCUUUGGCUUGUGGGUUUCAUACCUUAUUGUAGGGCCCUUUCUCUGACACUCAACCUUGUCACAGCUAAGUUCACCUGGCCAGAUGGUCUAAUGGCACUUGUGUAAUAAAGGUGAAACAGGUCAACCUCA